GGCGGCGGGGACGGAGAGAGGCAGGCAGGCAGGCGGGCAGGCAGGGCGAGAGACGGCGAGGGGAGGGAGCGAGCGAGGCAGCCCAGACAGACAGACAGGCGGGCGGGCGGGCAACGCGAGCCACCCGCCAGGCUGCGCUCAGCCCCGCUCGCCGCGGAGAGAGCAGAAGGCAGGAGGAGGGAGGGGAGGAGGGGGAGGGAGGGAGAGAGGGAAUCCAGCUACCACCACCCAAAGCCAGCGUCUGCUUUCUGUCCUCAUUUCCUUUCCCACCCAGCUCUGAGAGCAGAGAAAGGCAGAGGGAGCGAGAGAUUGAGACAGUCAGAGGGACAGACAGACAGCCAGAAGAGAGCGGGAGGGAGGAGGGCGGAGGAGGAGGAGCAGGAGGAGGACUACGCGGGGCGCGUUCCCUCCCAGCUGCCGGGCGCCCGCGUCGCUGCCGCCGCCGGAAGACAGACGCCCCCCGAAGCCCCUCGCCUGGCUCGGACCCACGGAGCCGGCAGCCCAGCACUCCGAUGGGAGCUUGCCUGCCUGUCUACCCAUUGGCCUGGACCCCAGAGCCUGCCCAGCUAAGUGCGUGCAGAGGGCCCCGGGUUCGGGGCGAUUCUCAGGCUGCCGAAGAGACCACCCUGGAAUCACUGGCGAAGACAGGCCUUUGUUGCUGAGCUGGGUCUGUCUGCACAGCUUGCUCAGGCGCUGUCCACGCCCCGAGGCCUGGGCUCAGGCCAAAAUUGCUUCACAACACCCCCAGCUGACAGCCAGCGACUGGCAGAGCCCCCAGGCACGGGGGCCCUCUCUCUUCCAGAGAUCUCCAGUGUGACAGCCCAGGCGGCAGAGCCGAGGGUCCUGGUCCCGGCUUCUCGCACCCUCAUGUCAGUCCCGGCCCCGCCCGGCGGCCCUCGGAGGACAAGGUCAGGAUGCGUGUGAAGCCCCAGGGCCUGGUGGUGACUUCCAGUGCCGUGUGCAGCUCUCCUGACUACCUCCGGGAGCCCAAGUACUACCCCGGCGGCCCCCCCACCCCCCGGCCCUUGCUUCCCGCCCGGCCCCCCGCCAGCCCACCCGACAAGGCCUUCGCCCACACCUUCUCCGAGAACCCGCGCCCACCCCCACGCCGGGACCCCAGCACCCGGCGCCCACCAGUCCUUGCCAAGGGGGACGACCCGCUGCCCCCGAGGGCAGCCCGUCCUGUCUCCCAGGCCCGCUGCCCCACACCCGCGGGAGACAGCAGCAGCAGCUCCCGAAGGCGCUGGGACAACGGGCGGGCGACCCUGCGUCCGGUGGUCCAGCUGAUCGACAUCAUGAAGGACCUGACCCGGCUCUCCCAGGACCUGCAGCACAGCGGCGUGCACCUGGACUGUGGUGGUCUCCGGCUCAGCCGCCCCCCGGCCCCGCCCCCCGGGGACCUGCAGUACAGCUUCUUCUCCUCACCCAGCCUGGCCAACAGCAUCCGCAGCCCGGAGGAGCGGGCCACCCCCCACGCCAAGUCCGAGAGGCCCAGCCACCCCUUGUACGAGCCUGAGCCUGAGCCUCAGGACAGCCCCCAGCCCGGCCAAGGCCACAGUCCCGGAGCCACGGCCGCGGCCACUGGUCUGCCACCCGAGCCUGAGCCCGACGGGCCCGAUUACUCAGAACUCGCUGACGCCGACAUCCUUAGUGAGCUGGCCUCCCUCACUUGCCCCGAGGCCCAGCUGCUGGAAGCCCAGGCCCUCGAGCCACCGUCGCCUGAGCCCGAGCCUCAGCUCUUGGACCCCCAACCCCGCUUCUUGGACCCGCAGGCUCUAGAGCCGCUCGGGGAAGCUUUGGAGCUGCCGCCCCUGCAGCCCCUGGCUGAUCCUCUGGGGUUGCCGAGCCUGGCGCUACAGGCUCUGGACACCCUGCCCGACUCCCUGGAGUCGCAGCUGCUUGACCCGCAGGCACUUGACCCCCUGCCCAAGUUGCUUGACGUCCCCGGCCGCCGCCUGGAGCCCCAGCAGCCCCUGGGACCCUGCCCACUGGCCGAGCCCUUGCGCCUGGACUUGUGCUCACCCCAUGGCCCUCCGGGGCCUGAGGGUCACCCCAAAUACGCCUUGCGGCGCACUGAUAGGCCAAAGAUCCUGUGUCGCCGACGGAAAGCCGGACGGGGACGCAAGGCAGAUGCCGGCCCCGAGGGCCACCUGCUCCCCCUGCCUAUGCCCACCGGGUUGGCCGCCGCACUGGCCGAGCCACUCCCGCCGCCUCCUCCACCGCCUCCUGCCCUGCCCGGGCCAGUUCCCGUCCCGGAGCUGGAGCCCGAAGCCUCCCAGACCCCGGUGGUCCCUCCCCGCAAAGGCAAGUGCCGGGGCGUCCGGCGCAUGGUGGUGAAGAUGGCCAAGAUCCCCGUGUCCCUGGGGCGGCGGAACAAGACCACGUACAAGGUGUCGUCUCUGAGCAGCAGCCUGAGCGUGGAGGGCAAGGAGCUGGGCCUGCGCGUGUCCGCCGAGCCCACCCCGCUGCUGAAGAUGAAGAACAAUGGCCGCAACGUGGUGGUGGUCUUCCCACCCGGCGAAAUGCCCAUCAUUCUCAAGCGGAAGCGCGGCCGCCCUCCCAAGAACCUGCUGCUGGGCCCCGGCAAGCCCAAGGAGCCGGUGGUGGUGGCGGCUGAGGCGGCCACCGUGGCGGCAGCCAGCAUGGCCAUGCCGGAGGUAAAGAAGCGCCGGCGGCGGAAGCAGAAGCUGGCGUCCCCCCAGCCGUCCUACGCGGCGGACGCCAACGACAGCAAGGCCGAGUAUUCAGACGUCCUCGCCAAGCUGGCCUUCCUGAACCGCCAGAGUCAGUGCGCCGGGCGGUGCUCCCCGCCCCGCUGCUGGACGCCCAGCGAACCCGAGUCCGUGCACCAGGCGCCCGACACCCAGAGCAUCUCCCACUUCCUGCAUCGCGUGCAGGGCUUCCGUCGGCGAGGUGGCAAAGCAGGCGGCUUCGGUGGCCGGGGAGGGGGCCAUGCAGCCAAGGCCGCCCGGUGCUCCUUCAGUGACUUCUUUGAGGGCAUCGGGAAGAAGAAGAAGGUGGUGGCCGUGGCAGCCGCGGGGGUUGGGGGCCCUGGCCUCACUGAGCUGGGGCACCCGCGCAAGCGAGGCCGGGGGGAGGUAGACGCCGUAACUGGGAAGCCCAAACGCAAGAGGCGGUCCCGGAAGAACGGGACUCUGUUCCCAGAGCAGGUGCCCAGCGGCCCCGGCUUUGGGGAGGCGGGCACUGAGUGGGCCGGGGACAAGGGUGGCGGCUGGGCCCCUCAUCACGGGCACCCAGGCGGGCAGGCUGGCCGAAACUGUGGGUUCCAGGGGACCGAGGCCCGGGCCUUUGCCUCCACUGGGCUAGAGAGCGGAGCUUCAGGCCGUGGCAGCUACUACAGCGCGGCCGCGCCCGCAGGCCAGGCCGAGCUCAGCCAGGAGCGCCAAAACCUCUUCACCGGCUAUUUCCGCUCCCUGCUCGAUUCCGACGACUCCUCCGACCUCUUGGACUUUGCUCUCUCGGCCUCUCGGCCUGAGUCCCGGAAGGCAUCAGGCACCUACGCAGGGCCCCCCACCAGCGCCCUGCCUGCCCAGCGGGGCCUGGCCACCUUUCCCAGCCGGGGAGCCAAGGCCAGCCCAGUAGCCGUGGGCAGUGGCGGGGCUGGGGCUGAGCCCUCCUUCCAGCCGGUGCUGUCCGCUCGCCAGACUUUCCCACCCGGGCGGGCAGCGAGCUAUGGGCUCACCCCGGCCACUUCAGACUGCCGGGCUGCAGAGACCUUCCCCAAGCUGGCGCCCCCGCCUUCCGCCGUGGCCCGCUCACCUACCACCCACCCGCCCGCCAACACCUAUCCCCCGCAGUACGGCGGCUAUGGGGCUGGACAAAGCGUAUUUGCCCCGGCUAAGCCCUUCACGGGCCAGGACUGCGCUAACAGCAAGGACUGUAGCUUUGCAUACGGCAGCGGCAACAGCCUACCUGCCUCACCCAGCAGCGCCCACAGCGCCGGCUAUGCCCCACCGCCUACCGGUGGCCCCUGCCUGCCACCAAGCAAGGCCUCCUUCUUCAACAGCUCCGAGGGGGCCCCCUUCUCUGGUUCAGCCCCCACACCUCUGCGCUGUGACAGCCGGGCCAGCACGGUCUCGCCCGGCGGCUACAUGGUGCCCAAGGGCACCACGGCCUCUGCCACCUCCGCCGCCUCCUCGUCGUCCUCGUCCUUCCAGCCCUCGCCUGAGAACUGUCGGCAGUUUGCGGGGGCUUCUCAGUGGCCUUUCCGGCAGGGCUACGGAGGCCUGGACUGGGCCUCGGAGGCCUUCAGUCAGCUCUACAAUCCCGGCUUUGACUGCCAUGUCAGCGAGCCCAACGUGAUCCUGGACAUCUCCAACUACACCCCGCAGAAGGUGAAGCAGCAGACAGCCGUGUCCGAGACCUUCUCCGAGUCCUCCUCCGACAGCACCCAAUUCAAUCAGCCGGUCGGCGGUGGUUUCCGGCGUGCCAACAGCGAGGCCUCGAGCAGCGAGGGCCAGUCGAGCCUGUCCAGCCUGGAGAAACUGAUGAUGGACUGGAACGAGGCCUCGUCCGCCCCCGGUUACAACUGGAACCAGAGCGUCCUCUUCCAGAGCAGCUCCAAGCCUGGCCGUGGCCGGCGGAAGAAGGUGGACCUUUUCGAGGCCUCGCAUCUGGGCUUCCCGUCGUCCGCCUCGGCCACUGCCUCGGGCUACCCGUCCAAACGGAGCACCGGGCCCCGGCAGCCUCGGGGUGGCCGGGGCGGUGGCGCCUGCUCGGCCAAGAAGGAGCGGGGUGGGGCGGCGGCCAAAGCCAAGUUCAUCCCCAAGCCGCAGCCCGUCAACCCCCUGUUCCAGGACAGCCCAGACCUCGGCCUGGACUACUACAGUGGGGACAGCAGCAUGUCCCCGCUGCCCUCCCAAUCGAGGGCCUUCAGUGUGGGCGAGCGAGACCCCUGUGACUUCAUGGGACCCUACUCCAUGAACCCAUCCACGCCAUCCGAUGGCACCUUCGGCCAAGGCUUCCACUGCGAUUCGCCUAGCCUGGGUGCCCCUGAGCUGGAUGGCAAGCAUUUCCCAUCGCUGGCCCACCCGCCCACGGUGUUUGAUGCAGGUCUGCAGAAGGCAUACUCGCCCACCUGCUCACCCACCCUGGGCUUCAAGGAAGAGCUGCGGCCGCCGCCCACAAAGCUGGCUGCCUGUGAGCCCCUCAAGCACGGGCUCCAGGGGGCCAGCCUGGGCCACGCGGCUGCAGCCCAAGCCCAUCUGAGCUGUCGGGACCUGCCGCUGGGCCAGCCUCACUACGACUCCCCCAGCUGCAAGGGUACAGCGUAUUGGUACCCGCCAGGUUCAGCUGCCCGCAGCCCACCCUACGAAGGCAAGGUGGGUUCGGGGCUGCUGGCUGACUUCCUGGGCAGGACGGAGGCUGCGUGCCUCAGUGCCCCACACCUGGCUAGCCCACCGGCCACACCCAAGGCCGACAAGGAGCCGCUGGAGAUGGCCCGGCCGCCCGGCCCACCCCGUGGCCCCGCUGCAGCCGCUGCUGGCUAUGGCUGCCCACUUCUUAGUGACUUGACCCUGUCCCCCGUGCCGAGGGACUCGCUGCUGCCCCUGCAGGAUACCGCCUACAGGUAUCCAGGCUUUAUGCCGCAGGCGCAUCCCGGCCUGGGUGGGGGCCCCAAGAGCGGCUUCCUGGGGCCCAUGGCGGAACCUCAUCCUGAGGACACAUUCACCGUCACCUCCCUGUAGUGCCAACUGAAGUGCCGACUGGACCUCGAGGUUUUGUUCCUGGCUUUCAGAAAACCAACGCCAAGACCCCUCCCAGCGUCCACAUCGUCCUCCUCUGCCUGCCCCUCUGCCUCCUGCCGCCCACCCCCCCGCCCGCACCCCCUGCAGCCCUGUCCCUUGCUCCCACCCCUCCUUGUCCAUCUCCUCCACGCAGAAGCCGAAGGUGAGCCCUUUCUGCACAAAACCAGCAAUUGUAAAUACUUUUUAAAAAUGUACAAAACUUAAAAAACAAAACACAGUUUUAGAAAAAGACAAAAAAAAGAGAGAGAGAGAGAGCGCGCGCGUGUGCAAGAGGUUGCGAGCGGGGCCUCACGGUGUCCAGAGCCCCUGCAAGUAUGCACUGAGAAAUUUAUCUACAGGUCGUUUGACAAAAAUGAACAAUAUCCUAUUUAUUGUAUAUACUGUUUUAUUAUAAAUCGUGGAUUGUAUAUUGCAUUCUGUAAACCUGCUGUGGUCCCGUGGUGUGCAAAUUCGCAUGGUGGGGGGGAGGGAGAAGAACCUCUUGCGGGAGCUUUUUUUUUUUUUCUUUCUUUCUUAUUUUUCACUCUUUUGGGUUUUCUCUUCUGUUGUUGUUGUUGUUUUCUGUUGGCAGGACACACCCAAAGAUCCAAGUUUGUAUUAAAAAGAAAUGAAAAAAAGCAAAAAAAAAAAAACAAAAAAAACAAAAAAUCAACCUCGUGUCUUGUGAAAGGGGAUGAAUGAGGGUGGACAGAAUGGAAGGGGUGUGACAGCUGGGGGUCAUCACCGUCCACCGGGUCCCUGGAGAACUUGAAAUACCUCCGCCACGUUCCCUCCCUCAGAGUUCUUCCUUCUGCCUGAGAUCUGUGUCACUUUUGCAUCUGGGCCCCUCUCUUUGCACACCAGGCCUUGGGUCUCCCCUGCCUCUGGGCUCCUCAGUCUUAGCCCCAAAGUUUCCUAGGCCCUGAUGCAUUCUGUCCCAGGUCCAAGGAGUCUACCUUUUAUAGCUUCAUUUUGCUUUAGGUCCUGGGUCUCCCCUGAUUCUGAGACCCCUAUUCUCCCCCAAGUCCUAGGUUUCCUCUCCCUGAGGAACCCCCAUUAUAAAGCAGGUCUUGGAUCCCCCCUUGCUUCUCGACCUCCUCACUCCAUCCUCAGCCCUGGGUCUCUGACUCUAGCCCCUUCAUUUGUCCUGUGUCCCCCCAGCCUUUGGGCCCCACAGUUAUAUUCCGGUUCAGGAUACUUGUCUUUGAGACACUCAAUCCAUCCUAAGGGCAAGAACCCUUGUGGUUCACCCCGUUUCCCCACAAGGACUGGAGCAUCCCCUGUUUGCGUGUCCCCUGUUUAUCCUAAGGCCUGGGUCGUCUUUGUCUCCAGCACCCCCCUCUCCCACUUUUUUGACCCAGCACACCUUCACCUGCCUUUGCAAACUGCAGGGUUUGACUAGGCCAGUGACCCCAACAUUUCUGCCUUCCCCUGUCUUUCCACCCUGAACCCCAAAGGCCAGGUCUGGAUUUCUUCCCAGCUUCUGUAAACUUUGGAAAAAGAAAACUCCUAAUCCUGAGCCUAUUUCUGGUAGACCUGGCAGGGCGAACUGUGUCCCACCCCCUGACCUUGACGAGCUCUUGGCUGCCCUUGACCAAAUAAUGCCCACAUUGGGCUGCUUGGUCCUAAGCAAGCAGCUUUUCCCAUAGCCCCAGUUUAUAUUAAAGCUCUGCUCUGUGUCCCUCCCUGCUGAGGCUCAAGGUGACCCCCAAGGGACAGCUCCAUACCACCUGCCCCCCACCCCACCCAACCAGCAUGGCCCAGGCAUUGGGAAAGUCAGAGGAACCCUCGAUCUGAGAGAAGAAGAUAAACCCCCAACUUCUGGACAUCCCUGUCUGAAAGAAGACACUGGAGGGUUCAGACGGGGGCAAGUAACAGCCCCCAAAACUUCAGUCUCUGUGCUGGAUGUGAAGGUUCAUUCUCCCACCAAGCCCCCCUCCUUUGCAGUCUCAAGACUCACCCUCCUGCACAGUGAGGACCCAGGCAUCAGGCUGCAGUGGGGUGGGACUGGCAGGGGUGGUAAGACCUGGCAAGGGUUUCCUGGAGGCCGAGACCAGGGUACGAGGCAGAAGAAUCAGGGAGUUCCCGAAGGAGGAAAGAGCCAGGGGAUGGAAGCCGCACGUGGCUAGAUCCACGAGGAGUAGACACUUGUCUGUUUGGGGAGGAAAGAAGGCUUUCACAAAGCCACCCUAGGGCUGGGGGCGGGGAGCAGGGGAGGCUGGUUGGAAGGGGUGGGUGGGUGGCCUCAAAGGGACCAGAGGGGGAGGCCUUGAGAUGUUUGUUUUCAGCCCCAAGAGUCGCCUGCAGGGAGAAAAUGAGUACGUUCAUUGGCUGCUGAGGAAGCAGAGACCUAGGGAGGCUGUCCAGGUGGGGCAGGCUGGGUAGAGGGUGGGGCCCCGGUGAGCUGGGCUGAGGGCCGGGGGGAGUGGGGUGCCGAGGGGGAAGGGGGUAGUGGAGGGCUUAUUCGGUGGAAGGCAUUGCCGGGGCUCAGUGAGAGGAAGAAGGACACAGAAGGGUGGUGUGCCCAGGAAUUGGGGUGGGGGUGGGGAGGGGUGGCCCAGGAAGGAAAUGGGAGUUGAGGGAGGUAAUUAUAGCCCUGCAAGGGGGCUCUGUAACUCGAAGAGGGCUCUGUAGGAGGGGUGAGGUUUCACUGAAAAGAGAGGGGCGCCCAGAGAGGGAUGGAACCCAGAGAAGGCCUUGUGGUUUCCGGGAUGGGCGGGAGGCUGGGUGAGGAGGACCGAGGCUCCUUGAAAGGUGAAAAGGAGGCUCCUGGAGCUCAGGAAGCGGAGGGGUCUCAGUCUACGGUCUGUGGCUUAGUCUGGGCUGAGGGGGGCGGGACCUGAGGUGUAUUUGGAGAGCAGACUCAAGGGGAGCUGCCAGGGCCAAGGGCAUAGCCCUUGGGAUGGAAGGUUCUCUUGGCCCUUGGGCCCUCAGGCUUCUGAAGGAAGGGGAGCAGAGACCCUGCUCAGAAGUUUGGCCCUUCACAGCCACCGUCCCACACCUGAUCCCAGAAUACAUCAAGGCAACUUGGCUCCUAGGUAUUUGGAUUUUGCCACUGUUUAUUAAGCCCCUCCCUGAGGCUUUUUACUCCUCAGGACAAUCUUUGAGGUAGAGAAAAAUAUUCACCUCAUUUACAGAUGGGAAGACAGGUUCAGAGAAACAAAGUAACCUGUCCCAAGAUCCCACAGGAGGUGGCAGAAGUAGGUUGACCCAUUGCUUUUUCAUAACAAAGGGAAAAAAGUCUUGCUUAUAAAAUUCAUCCCCAAAUUCAUUGAUUCUGUGAUUAAAAAUUUAAAUGAUAGAAGUAAGAUCAAGAAAUAAUUAUAUAACAUUAUGUACUAGUUACUGUUCUAAACUAGAUCUAUAAACUCAUUCCAUCCCCAUGACAAUCCCAUGAGGCUGUAUUGUAGUGAUUAUCAUCCCCAUUUUACAGACAGGAAACUCAGGUACAGACAGGUCACUUACAAAGACAUCUCAAUGAGGAACUAGUGACACCACCAUUGAAACCCAAGCGAUCUUCAGGAGUCUGCUUCACUAUACUGUUCAAAGUGAAAACCCGCACUACCCCCAUUCUUGGUAAUAAUCCUGACGUCAACAUUUUCGAGUCCAUUCAUCUAGAUCAGUGGUUCUCACCCCAGAGAUUUUAUCUGUUGGCCUGGGUGGGGCCUGGUCAUGGGGAUUUUUAAAAGCUCCCCAGGUGGUUCCAAUGUGCAGCCAAAGUUGAAAACCUUGAAUCUAGCUAUUGUGCUGAAUGUUUGCACACAAGCAGCCACCUGUGUGCACACACCUAUAUUUAACGUGUUGUCCAAGGUGUGCAUAAAAUGCUCUCUCGUGUGUACACUAGGGUACCCGUCAAGUCUUUUUCACUGAAUGACUGGUUGUAAAUUACCAUGGGUUCUCUCAGUGACUGUUAGAGACAUGAUGUGAACACAUUCAUUCAACCAAUAUUUCUGAAGCAUUUACAAGAUUCCAGGCACUGUCCCAGGCACCUGGGGAUACAACAGUGAACAAGACAGAUGAGGUUCCUGCCUUUGUGUGUGUGGUCUGAUGGAAUUGACACAUUUGGUCUUCUGUCUUUCCCUGUGGGUGACGGGUUGGGAACCCCUCAGGGGUUGCUGAAAGGUGAAUGGCAGGCUGGGGGAACUUACGAAGGUGAGACCUGUUGUGCGCAUGGUGGAUCUUCUGGCCCUGUGUAUAGAUGAGAGACAGGGAGACUGAGGGCAUGUUUCCGGGUGUGAAUGCGUGUGGCUGACUGUGUGGCAUGUGUAUGAAGGUGUGCAUGAUCUGGGCCAGUGAAAAUGUGGACAACAGUGUGUGUGUGUGAAGGGGGAGGUGUGUGUGUGCCUGUACC